CUGCAUGUGGUUUGAGGCAGAAAUUAACAGAAAAGGUUUUGGGUGAGACAGACUUCCAUUGCUUCUUAGCUGCGUUUGUGCGAAAGAAGCAGACGUCAGGCACCAAACAUCUGGGCUGUUCGACUAACUUUGGGAAAAGGAGGGAAAUACAGAGAAUUAAAAAAAUGUCUGCAGUCAGUGCAGGUCCGCUAACAGAGGAACAGCUUGCAGCCAUCCAGGAUGAGCAAGUGCUGAACGACAUGCUGGACAAGGCUACGGAUUUCGAGGAAAGAAGAAUGAUCCGUGCCGCCAUGAGAGAACUGCUGAAGAAAAAGCGGGAGCAGAGGGACAGAGAGCGUGCGGCGCGGCAGGAAAACCUGCGCCAACAGGGUGUGUGUGCGGGACCGAAACCGGCCAACGGCCCUAGCAAUGUUCAGCAACACACACACAAAACAGCUCAAGUGAAGUCUCCAUGUCCAGCACCUGCAGGCUCACUCCCUAAAACAUCGGGAAGUGUGGCUGCUGGAGUCAGAGUACCCCGAGGCUCGGCGCUCGGCGGUCCAAACACCAAAGACGUGAAACAGAUGCUGCUGGACUGGUGCAAAGCCAAGACCGAACCAUACGAGGGUGUGAACAUACAUAACUUCUCGUCGAGUUGGGCCGACGGUCUUGCGUUCUGCGCUCUGGUGCACCGAUUUUUCCCUGAAGGGUUCGAAUACUGCACUCUGGACCCGUACGAUCGCAAAGCCAACUUUGAGAAAGCCUUCAGAACCGCAGAGACGUUGGGCGGCUGUCCUCGUCUGCUAGACGUUGAUGACUUGCUGCGGAUGCGGGAGCCGGAUUGGAAGUGUGUGUACACCUACGUCCAGGAGUUUUAUCGCUGUUUAGUGGAGAAAGGACUCGUCAAGACCAAACAGAAGACCCCGUAACCACAUGUACACACACAGCGCCAAAGGUCUGAGUUUUUAGGGAAGUGAUGAGGCCAGAUCCAGACCAGAGGGAAAGACACACACACACACACUCACACACAUACACACACACACACAUACACACACGCUUACUCAGGAACAGAGACACGCCUCCUUCAGUCCUGCAACAUAAUGCAAGCACCAAAUAAACCAGUCCCCAUCCUGCAGAUGCUGUAAAAAUUGCAAAACCACAUAUGACCACUAGGUGGCAAACUUUAAUCUUUGACUUUUUAUACCACGUUGAAGUCAGAAAUGCACUGUCACUGGUUCCAACUCUGAUCAACCCACAUUUGAGUGUUUUCCCUGCUCUAACACACCCACUUCAACUUGUGCUGUCAAAGGUGCUUGUCCAGGACCAGGGUUGAGAUCCUGUAUACUAUGUUGUAACUAACUAUUGUUGCCUUCAAAUCCUCCUCUGAAGUUUGUGUGUACGAGUCGGGAGGUCGUGAUUACGAUGCUGUGUGUGCUCAGAUGGUUUCGGUCUGAAAAAAAAAAGGAAGGCGUUUUCAAAAGAACACGUCUUUUUUAUAUUAUUUCUUUUUGUAUCAUCAAGACCAAGAAGUUUAUUUUGCCUUUCAGAAUGAAGCGCUGAACAGUUGUAGUCACGUCAUUGCCAUGGCGUUCAAGUCCGCUCACCUAAUGCCAUAUAUCUGACAGGACUUGUAUAGGCAGUAUACAGUAUAUUGCGGUUCUGUUUUUUUUUCUUAAAUAAAGUAUUGCUGUUUGUCACAAUGUGGUUGUCGGACCUGAUGCAUAAAUUACUUCAUUUUCAGUUUCAAGGAAAAGUUCACCCAAAAAUGAAAUCACAACUAUCCCCUUACUUGAAGUAGUCUAGAAGCCGAGACUUGUUCGUUGCAUGAAGUUUUACACUGGAGCUACAAGCAAGUCUAGAUAACAAGUAAUAUUGCAGUGGUGGCUCAGUGUUGGUUAAGGUGUCGGUCUACUGCUCAGAAGGUCAUGACUUCAAACCCCAGCACUCUCAAGCCACCAUUGUUGGACUCUUGAGCAAGGCCCUUAACCCUCAAUUGCUCAAAUGUACGAAUGCAAUAAAUGUAAGUCGCUCUGGAUAAGUGCAUCUGCCAAAUACUGUAACUGUAAAUGAGUAAUAGAAGCUUAUAGCUACCAGUUUCACACUACGUCAACUACAUAGCUGUCAUCUUCCCAAAUACUAUUUUUGGGUCAGUUAUACUGUUUGUACAUAAACAGAUUCUAGAGAACUGGAGCUAUAUUAUCAUCUGAUGUCCUGAAUCUGAUCCAGGUGCUGCAUGAGACAAAACUAUGUUCUGAUGAAGAAAAUGAUUUGGUUUCUUGACGGCUUCUAUGACUGUUUUGGUUCUGCUGCCUUUGAAACGCAGUUUGCACGCUGCUAUAUUUAAGGCUAUAAGCUUCAAUUACUCAUCACCAUGCCCAACUUAUGUCACAGCGAUCUGACACCAGAUAUGUCAACGGACUACAUUUCGGAUAAAGAGGAACAUUGUAUGAAUGUCUUUUUAAAAAUAUUUUAUGAUUAAAAACACUUGGGGGCAUGCUGUUAUUGGAAAAUAAUAAACACCAGGGUGGUGUGAUGCAGCUGGAGACAAACAAGAGGUAAUGGUACCAUCCCAAAUCAUUUUAUUCUUCUUAUACCCAGUUG